UUCCACUGUAUAAUUUUUCGUACGCUUCCCUCUACUUCUUUCAAAACUUUCAUAAAACAAAAUGGCGGGUCGUGGAAAAACUCUCGGAUCUGGGGUUGCUAAGAAGGCGACGUCUCGGAGCAGCAAGGCGGGUCUCCAGUUCCCCGUCGGCCGUAUCGCCCGGUUCUUGAAAAACGGCAAGUACGCCGAACGUGUCGGCGCCGGAGCUCCGGUCUACUUGGCCGCCGUACUCGAAUACCUUGCCGCAGAGGUUUUGGAAUUGGCUGGGAACGCGGCGAGGGACAACAAGAAGACAAGAAUCGUGCCGCGUCACAUUCAACUGGCGGUGAGGAACGACGAGGAGCUGAGCAAGUUGCUUGGAGACGUGACGAUUGCUAAUGGCGGUGUGAUGCCGAACAUUCACAAUCUUCUUCUUCCCAAGAAGGCUGGUGGUGCUUACAAACCUUCCGGUGACGACGAAUAGAUCUCAGUUCAGUUCUGUAAUGAAGUGUAGAUUUAGAUUAGUCCUGUUUUAAAUCGAUCUUGUCUGUAAACGUUUGCAGUGUGUUACCCUUAGAUUAAAUAUGUCUGGUCUUAAAAGAUUUGAUCUUGAACAUCGUGAACUUGACCAAUGUUUCUCUGUUUCCAUCCCCAUAAAAGAGAUAUAAUUUGCCAAUGUGCAACGGUUAAAUCUGAAUCCUGCUCUACCUCUAGAUCAAAAUCAGUAGAUAAUGAAAUUAAAUAGCGCGAUAGUGUCUAGUUGACACAAGUAUACAAUGUCGUCUUUCAAGUUUGUAUAUUUAUCAUAUGGUCUCAAGGUAAGGCCAAGUUCUUGGAUUUGUAAUUAGGUUGAAGGAGUUAUGUUUCUUGAUAAAGAAUAUUAAAAAUAUUAAGGAAAGUGAAAACUGAACACACUACAUCUAAAUCUUUGAAAGUCUGUUAAUUGGGUUUUGAAGAGAGUAGAAGUAGAGGACGAAAAAAAGAAGCAAGAGGAUGAUAAAGUCAUUCAGAAACAUAUAAUGAAGAUGUCAAACCAAUUGAGUUUCAAGAGAAUAUUAGAAGCAGCAGCCAUGAUCAUUAAGGAUAGGAGAGAGAUGAGUUAACUUAGACUUGCACAGAGCUUGGAACAUAACAGCCCACAAGAUUGUAAAGGUUCGAGUAUUGAGAAACUAUUCUCUCCACUUGUCUGAUAUCACCACUCUCACCAUCAAUGAUAUAUCGACUUUUUGUGUAACAUCCGCCGUAAAUAUAAAAAACCACCACGGUCUUCUUCUCCUUGUCAAUCAAGAAACUCCCAAACAUACAACCAUGACAGAGUAAUUGCAACGUUUCAACUUUGAACAACUUGCUCCACGACACAGCGCCGGGCUCGAUCUUAUCCGUAACCAAAACAUCAACCUUAGUACCACACUGGUGUUUAAACAACAAUGCAAGUUUCUCUCCUUUAACCGAAGACAGAGACGCAAAAGAAAAAAACUCACAUGAUAUAGGCAGACGCGGUCCAAGACCCUCUCUCGUAAAAUCAAAACACUGUAAGAAAUUCUUUCCUGAUUGCUUAUCUUUAUCACUGGUGCUUAGCCUAACGAUUUUAUGGCUAGCACAUGAUUUGUCGUAUCCAAAAGCAAACAUCUCAUACGAACGUUGUCUUGGGCAUUCGAUCCAUCUUGUUUUACCCCAAUACGGGUUAUAAACCAAAAGCCUACGUUUGUUGCGUCUCCAUCUAUAUAUAAUAGCAAACUGAAUUUUAGAAUUCAAUGACGUCAAUUUUUUUUAUAGGAAAAAAAAUUGAAGAUCUAAUGGUUCAUAUUAAUUAGAUAUUUAAUCCAAGGGUUCUAUUUUUUCUAGAUGAUGUCAUCUCUUUUAAAAACGGAAUUUAAUCUAAUGGUUGAUAUUAGCACAUCUGUUAAUCCAAAGGUUGAUAUUAUCACACCUUUUAAUCCAAGGGUUAAGAUUAGAUUUACUUGACGAAGACGACGGACGCUACCGAAGCUUUGUGUCGGUACUUGGUGAAGCAUCUGCGUCCGUUAAUGGAGUCGUGACCCCUGGUUUGCAUCUCUUCCUUUGUUUAUAUUUGAUAACCAGUUUGCCCUUGCUCUUGUUUUCAAUAUUUUUCCCGGACUCCUGAUUCAAUUUUUUGAUUAUACACCAAAUUUUAUCUCCCGAUCAUCAACCGUUCAUGAUAAUUGCAGUUGCCAACAUCCUCGAUCAUUGAAUCUUUGUUUGUAAAGAGAGAUACAUUCAGCUUGAUGAAUCAAAACCUACUGUAUCUAAGUUGCUACUCAAAGCAAAGUGUGUCUUAGGGAGCCACAAAAAAGCUAAAAAGAACUCACUAAGACAAACAAAAUUUCAAUCCCAGCCAUAUGGAUGUGAUUAAAGCUUGACUAACAUUAUGGUUCAAUUGACAACCUUUAAGUUAACAGCAGACCACAGCGAAUAGAUUGAUGUCGGGACCUGCAUCAAAACCGCACGAGGCCAAAGAGGACACAGCCGGAGAACAGUGAGGGACCGCAAUGUUAGGUACAGCAGACUCACUUCGAUCUUUUUGUAUGGUUGAUGGUUCUUCCAUUGUUUUUUCUUCAUUUUUUCAGCAAAGUUGAUUCAGAUUGUUGACAAGUUCAAAAUGAGGGGUCUUUAAGAGGGCAAAAGACUUGCUAAAAUUUAGUUGGGAACACACCUAUCGUGCAUGCGUUUAAGUGUGGAAGAUUGUACUCGAAGAAGUAGAGCAACGGGAACGGCAAUAUGCGUUAAAAAUUUGAUAGUUAUAAUGUUCAAAUCAUUGAAAUACAAUAAAAACAUAAUCUCUUUGUAAUAACGUACCAUGUAUCAAUGUAUAUUUUUUAUUUUUA